CGCGAUUCUUUGAAUAUAUUCAGAAUUCUGUACAUGAGCCACAGUAAACCUAGCUCUGUUAAUAAAGUAUAUUCUAUCGGAUAACCUAUACUCGAUGACGAACCUUGUGGAUUUUAAUCAGGUCGAGUCCAAAAUGGAAAAAAGUGUAAUAUCUCAGUUUUUCAAUGGCCGGUCCAUAUUCGUCACUGGAAGUACGGGCCUUAUGGGAAAAGUGCUCGUCUGGAAACUGUUGUACAGCUGUCCCGGCAUAAAGAAAAUUUUCGUGUUGAUAAGAUCGAAGAGAGGAAAGUCCGCUCUUUUGCGAUACCAAGAAAUUAUUAAAGCGCCGUUGUUUGAUUCCAUUAGAAAAACGAAUAAAUCACUGUUGUCCAAACUGCAAGUGGUAUGCGGCGAUGUGGGUCUGGAUGGACUAGGAAUAACACAGGAAAUGAAGGAAACGUUGAUAUCGGAAGUGUCGAUUGUUUUUCACGGAGCGGCCACGUUGAAUUUGGACGCAUCACUGACCGAGGCUAUAAACUUGAACACGACUGGAACGCUACGCAUGCUCGAGUUAUGCUCCAAUAUGAAAAAUUUAGAGGCUUUCGUACAUUUCUCUACGGCGUUUUGUCACGUAGACCUGGACACGUUAAAUGAGGAAGUACACAAAUCAGCUUUCGACGCACACAACAUAAUGAGAUUACCGUCUUGGCUGGACGAAAACUCCAUCAAGAUGGUCACGCCUCACUUGAUAAAACCGCACCCGAACACUUACACGUUUUCUAAACGCCUAGCCGAAGACGUGGUCGGCGAUUUUUAUCCUCAGCUUCCGGUCGUCAUAGCAAGGCCUUCAAUAGUGACACCAGCGCUCAAGGAACCUCUGCCCGGAUGGGUGGACAAUCUGAACGGACCCACAGGAAUAUUGGCUGCGGGCGGCAAAGGCGUACUCCGGUCCAUACUUUGCAAUUCGGAAUACACCGCCGAAGCCGUGCCGGUGGACUUUGCGAUAAAUGCCGUGAUCGUGAUCGCGUGGAAAACAGCAAUCACCAAACAAAAAACCGCCACCGUUCCCGUUUAUAAUUUGACACAACACAAUCUGAACCCAAUCACUUGGGAUGCCGUUAUGACUAAAGGAAGAGAAGAGACUAUGAAAAACCCGUUUGAGCUCAUGUUGUGGUAUCCCACCGGGUCGCUGACAGCCAAUCGAUUCGUUCACACUUACAAAGUGAUAUGUUACCACUGGAUACCCGCCUAUCUUAUUGACGGGAUUUUGUUUUUGCUCGGCCAAAAGCGUUUCAUGAUCAGAGUUCAGCAAAAGAUAUCGGAUGGCCUUCGUGUUCUCCAGUAUUUUACAUUGCGCAAUUGGGACUUCACAAACGACCGACUGUUGGCGCUCCGGGAAAGUUUGUCCGACGUGGACCGGAAAGAGUUCAACAUGGAUUUUGAGAAAAUGGAUAUGGACGUUUAUUUCAGAGACUGUAUCUUGGGUGCCCGUCAGUAUUGCCUGAAAGAAGACCCAGCGUCCAUACCUAAGGCCAGGAAAACACUGAAAGUACUUUACGUGUUGGACUUGGUGGUGAUGUACCUGAAGUACGCCCUCGUCGCUUGGCUGCUGUACAAGAUGUACCAAACGAUUUCGGCAGUCGUUUAAGUCGCGAUGGCGUUUUUUUGCGGCACAUUGUUAUUAUUAUAUAAAUUAUUAUUGUUCGAUGUCUUCCCCGCAUUAUUAUCGUAUUCCUGUAGAUAUCCACGUAAAUGUUGUUAUUUUCCUAUUUAUUUUUGACCAAACGGAACUAUCGACUAUAAAAUGUUAUUCGUCACAGACAUUAUAAUAUUUUGUUUGUACUGUUCGCCGUCCGUAGACUUAAAAUGUUUAAGUAACAACUAUACUACUGCAGUCGCAUGUCUGUUGACGUUUUCAAAACGACAGCCCCUUGACGUUUUGUGGCGUGAUGCGUCGUGUACGUGCUGUAGGGGCGCGUGUAUGUUUUGUUGUAAUUGACACGUCUUGUCAGAUUUCCGUACGAGUCAUCGGUGGGUCAUUUGCAACAUUACAGUCGACAUCGCCCGCAAGACGUUCGACUUCCCGAAAUACCUUUAACAUUUAUUACUGCAACGUGUCCGCAAUAAUAUUAUUGUUAUGUUUUUAACAAUCGCUUCAUCGACGCUAUAUUAUAGGAUAAUAUUAUAUUCAAGCACCCAUGAUAGUUUAGGACAUAAUAUUAUAGUAACGUAGUUUUAGGUUAUACAAUACUAUAUCGUCUCGAGUAAUAAAUAUUUGUAGAGAUACCUUAUCAUAGGCGCACACAAUUCUUCAAGGACACCUCAGCCCAAAACGGUCGACGAAUUAUUUAUUAUCGUUUGAAGGUAAAAACAAUACGUUCUGUUUCAAGUCAAUAAUAUCUCCAACGACCAACACACACGAUUCGUUACUAAUAAUUUUAAUUUUCAAUCAAACGCAAUGCCAUAAAUAUUGGCAAUUGUAAUGUGGUGUACAUAAUUAUCAUAAUAUUUUAUCAUCGUUCUAUCAUUUCGAAAAUAUAUAUAUAUAUAUAUAUAUAGACAUAAUAUAAUAUUGUUUUACAGAUUUUUUUUACC